AUGGCGGAGCUUUCAUCAGCCGAAAGGAAACGACUGCGAGAUCGCCGCGCGCAACAGAACCUCCGCGACAAAAAGUUGCGCCGCAUCACCGAACUUGAGGAGAGGGUAGCCCAUUGCGAAUCUCACCACGACGACCAAGGGGUGCAGCGACUGCUGGAAGUAAUUGCAGGGCUCCGAAAGCAGAACCAGGCACUUAUAUCCCAAAGGAACGAUCUCAAAGCUCUCGUAAAUUCAUGGCCCGACGUCGCGACACCGUCGGAAAUCUCGAACCCCUGGCUACAUGAUGACCGUCGAAUGAAGCCGGGAUUGUUUCUGGAGAAGACUCACGCGGGUGACUCCCCAGAUACGAUGAUCAGCUCGCCAGCCAGGUCAAGCAAUACAUCAAAAUCCGGCUUAUUAGGAGUUUCGACGCCUCCUCCGCCUGGGAACAACCCUGCGUGGAACCGAUUACCUCUAUACUGCGACGAUUUUUCCGAUGUGCGGAAUGUAUCGCUCCCAUGGCUGGCCUAUCCGGAACGGAUUGCGGGAUGCCCCGACAUUCCCUCGUCUCCCCUUGAAAUUUUGUAUGGGACUCGAACAAAUUACCUAGCGGAUACAAUCCAUUCGACACUAGACAGGCGGCUGCUGCGCGACCCCGAAAAGAUGGCUAUGGGGUUGAUGACCUACCACUUUACACAAUGGAUCAUGUCCCCAAGUCCAGAGAGGUUCGAGCUAGUCCCGUCUUUUAUGCGACCCAUUCCUGAACAGUUGCAAAUCUCGCAUCCACUUGCUCUGGCUUGUAUCCCAUGGCCCAAAAUCAGGGCCAACUUUAUCCGACAGUGGCAUUUCUACGAGAAUAACCGAGAUGUGUUGUUUGGCAUGUUCGCUUGCUGCAUCAAGAUAAGGUGGCCUUGGGGAGAGUCUAUCCUUGAGCGAGACGAGAAUAAUGAGCUGCGUCUCAUCAAGGAUUUUUAUAAGAGGAUCAUGAGCGAAGACGGCUGGGGCAUCACUUCUGACUUUGUGAGGCAGUACCCAGGGCUUGCAGCGGGCGUUGAUAUUGAUUCAAUAAUCUAUAAGAUGGAAUAG